AUGAAGCUCGACGAUGCUCUUUGGGCAUAUAGGACGGCGUACAAGACGGCGAUUGGCAUGUCACCAUAUCAAUUGGUGUUUGGCAAAUCUUGCCAUCUUCCCGUGGAGCUAGAACAUAAGUCUUAUUGGGCGGUGAAGCAAUUCAAUGCCGACUACUACAAGGUGGGAAAUGAGAGACAACUCCACCUUAACCUUCUCGACGAGUUUAGAAAUGAAGCAUAUGAGAACUCUUCCAUCUACAAGGAGCGUCUCAAAAACUAUCAUGACAAGAUGAUCGAGAAGAGGGAGUUCUUCCCGAGAGAUUCCGUGCUACUCUUCAAUGCACGAAUGAAGCUCUUCCCCGGAAAACUCAAGUCCAAGUGGUCUGGACAGUUCAAGGUGAAAACGGUGAUGAAGAAUGGAGCCAUAGAGCUUCAAGGAGAUGAUGGAAGAAUUUUCACGGCCAAUGGCCAAAACUUGAAGAUUUUCCAUAGCAAUGAGCAAAAGGAGGAGGUGUUCAUGCUCACCUUGGAACACUCCCAAUGA